AUGGACGAGCUACAUGCACGGAUUAACUUCCAGCGGGACAUCGCAAACUGCUGUGUGCUGGCGCUCACGGAGACCUGGCUGGAUCCCAUGGUGCCUGACGCGGCGGUUACUCCGGCCGGUUUUUCCAUCUACUGGCAGGAUAGAACAUCCGAGUCGGCGGAUGGGGACAUCAACGAAUACACAGACACUGUCUCUUCAUAUAUCUCCAAAUGCAUCGAUGAUGUCGUCCCUAGGGUCAGUGUCAGGACUUUCCCUAACCAAAAGCCCUGGGUAAAUGGUAAUGUCCAUGCUAAGCUCAGAGCAGGGACCUCUGCCUUUAACUCUGGUGACCCAGAGGACUUGAGGAAGUCCAGAUGGGACCUGCGGAGGGCUAUCAGAGAUGGAAAAAGAGACUACAGGGACAAGCUGAAGUCCAACUACCUCAGCUCUGACUCCAGACGCUUGUGGGGUGGCCUGCGACACAUCACAUGCUAUAAAGGGAGAAAUAGCAGUGAUGAUCAGCCGGCCGCCUCUCUACCUGAUGACCUCAACACCUUCUACGCACGGCGAGAGCUUCAAAGAGUGAAGCCUCGAAAGUCAUCUGGGCCCGAUGGAGUUCCAGGCCGUGUCCUCAGGGGGUGCGCCGACCAGCUAUUCAACCUCUCCCUUCAUCUGUUAACAGUCCCCACUUGCUUCAAGCAGGCCACCAUCAUCCCCAUACCCAAGAAACCAUUCAUCACCUGUUUAAAUGACUACCGCCCUGUAGCACUGACCUCCACCAUCAUGAAGCAAACACUCAUCCCCAAGCUCAGGAGCCUGGGUCUUAAAACCCCCCUGUGUAACUGGAUCUUGGACUUCCUGACGAGCAGACCCCAGGUGGUGAGAAUGGGCAACCACACAUCCUCCUCACUGACCCUGAGCACCGGGGCCCCUCAGGGCUGCGUGCUCAGCCCCGUUCUGUACUCCCUGUACACGCAGGACUGUGUAGCAACACACAGUUCUAACAUCAUCCUCAAAUUUGCAGACGACACCACCAUCCUGGGCCUCAUCUCCAACAACGAUGAGACCGCCUAUAGAGAUGAGACCAAGGAGAUGAUCGUGGACUUCAGGAAGCUGCAGAGGGGGGGUCACAAUCCCGUACACAUCGGCGGAGCUGUGGUGGAAAGAGUCUCCGAGUUCAAUUUCCUCGGUGUGUUCAUCACAGAUGACAUGACCUGGUCCAAACAAGCGGACUCGGUGGUCAAAACUGCACAAAACUCGGCCGCGAGCACGGAGCUGGGAGCCAGGAGACACCACGAGCCGGCAGCCGCCAGCACGGAGCCGGGAGACACUGGGAGCCGGGAGACACCACGAGCCGGCAGCCGCGUGCUGGCAGCCGCGAGCACGGAGCCGGGAGAAACCGGGAGCCGGGAGACACCACGAGCCGGCAGCCGCGAGCACGGAGCCGGGAGAAACCGGGAGCUGGGAGACACCACGAGCCGGCAGCCGCGAGCAUGGAGCCGGGAGACACCACGGCUGCCGCGAGCACAGAGCCAGGAGCCGGCAGCCGCGAACACGGAGCCGAGAGACACCACGAGCCGCCAGCCGCGUGCCGGCAGCCGCGAGCACAGAGCCGGGAGCCACCACGAGCCGGGGGCCGGCAGCCGCGAGCCCAGGAACGUGUUGGUGUUUUUUCCAGGAGAACCACACAGGUUUGAUCCUUCCUUCAGAGGUCCAGUCUGCAGAAGAAGCUGCACUGAUACAUUGUGGUGUUUGAUCUUCAUUAUUGUCAUCCUUUCAUAUCUGUCCCUGGGGAUAGUGGCCUGGUUACAUGGGGACCCCAGGAAGGUUCUCCAUCCGACAGACAGCUAUGGCCAGUUCUGUGGGCAGAAGGGAACUUCUAAUGCGAAGAAACCCAUCCUAUUUUACUUCAACAUCUUAAAAUGUGCCAACCCAGCAAUGCUCAUCAGCCUGCAGUGCCCCACAACGCAGAUGUGUGUGUCACAGUGCCCUGACAAGUUUGCCACCUACAGUGAGAUGCAGCUGCAAAACAAACUCAACAAGGCUUACUGGGAAUACUAUAAACAGUUCUGUAAGCCUGGAUUUAAUAACCCUGAAAAGCCAGUAUCUCAGGUUCUAAGAGAUGAGGAUUGUCCCUCCAUGAUCAUACCCAGUAGACCAUUUCUCCAGAGAUGUCUGCCAGACUUCACCACUCUGAAUGGGACUGUGACCGUAGUGAACAGAACUAGGUUUAAGGAUGCUCUAGAAAUUCCACACAGUAUCAGUGAACUCCAACGUGCUACCAAGACUAUAACAGGACUUGUGGACACUAAGGAGAUGGGCAUGAAGAUAAUGGAGGAUUAUUCUCAGUCCUGGGCAUGGAUUAUCAUAGGUCUGCUGAUAUCCCUGGCUGUUAGUCUGAUCUUCAUCCUGCUGCUGAGGUUCACAGCUGGGUUGCUGCUGUGGACUACUAUCAUCACUUUCAUACUACUGCUGGCAUAUGGUAUGUGGUACUGCUCUGUGGUCUGGUCCCAGCUCAAACACACACCGGGCUCUGAUGUUGCCAUUACAGAGGUCGGCCUGCAGACUGAUGUACAGGUCUACUUACAACUUAGACAGACAUGGAUUAUAUUAUUGGUGUCUCUGGGAGUGACUGAAGCUUCCAUCUUGGCGAUGUUGAUCUUCUUAAGGAGACGAGUCCGAGUGGCCAUUGCCCUACUCAGAGAGGCCAGCAAAGCUAUCGGUCACAUCAUGUCCACACUAUUCUUUCCAGUUGUCACCUUCCUCUUGUUGACUGUGUGCAUCUCCUACUGGGCAGUUACUGCUGUUUAUCUUGCAUCCUCAGGUGAACCCAUCUACAAAGUGACGUCUCCUAAUGUCAGCUGCCCCUACACCAACAGCACAUGCAAUCCUGAGACCUUCAACAGAACCAACAUCUCCACAUCAGCGUUGUGUCUUGGUACUCAGUGUCAGUUUGCCUUCUAUGGUGGGGAGACAUCCUACCACCGCUACCUCUUCCUUUUGCAGCUGUUCAACCUACUUGUCUUCCUCUGGCUGGUCAACUUCAGUUUGGCCCUGGAGCAGUGCACCCUGGCAGGGACAUUUGCCACCUACUAUUGGGCCAAGAGGAAGCCUCAGGAUAUCCCAGCAUGUCCGCUCUUGCUGUCAUUCAUUAGGGCUGUCAGGUAUCACACAGGCUCUCUGGCAUUUGGCGCUUUAAUUCUUUCCGUUGUCCAACUUCUGCGGAUCAUCCUGGAAUACCUAGAGCAGAAACUAAAAGGUAUUGACAACAGCCUGUCCCGGUUCAUAAUUUGCUGUCUGAAAUGCUGUUUCUGGUGUCUGGAGAAAUUCAUCCGCUACUUGAACCAUAAUGCUUAUAUCAUGGUGGCCAUCUAUGGUAAAAGUUUCUGUACCUCAGCCGAAGAGGCCUUCUUCCUACUGAUGAGAAAUGUGGUCAGGGUUGCAGUUUUAGACAGAGUGGCAGACUUCCUGUUGUUUCUGGGCAAAUUGCUGAUAGCAGGAGGAGUUGGUGUCAUUGCCUUCUUCUUCUUCACUAUGAAGAUCCCUGUUAUCCAGGAAGAAGUACCCCAUCUCAAUUACUAUUGGAUCCCCCUGCUGACUGUGGUCAUGGGUGCUUACCUGAUUGCGCAUGGAUUCUUCAGUGUCUAUGCCAUGUGUGUGGACACACUCUUCCUCUGCUUCUGUGAUGACUUGGAGAGGAAUGAUGGUAGUGCAGAAAAACCUUUCCUCAUGUCUCCAGAGCUGCACAGAAUCCUGGGAAAACCCAGUCCGCUUUGCUGA